UGUGCGCAUGCGUACUCGUUCCUCGACGCAACAGUCGUAAACAACAUUUUUUCCAAUUAGAUUCCUCGCGAGUUUACGCUUGCACGGUAAAUAGAGCGUCCUGGUAGGCGCACUGCAGUUUUUCCGCGUUUUCAUAUGAUUUCGCGGAAAAAUGGGGUCGUAUUCGCAGGCCCGGUGUACGUGAUACGUGGACUUAUGGGUUUCUGGCAUGCGGUGACGUCAUCCGGAUCAUUCUGGAAGAACCCUGCAGGACAAUAAUGGCGGAUUUGUAUGCAAAAUACAACUGCACCUAUUGUCAAGAGGACAUCACAGGUUUGCGCGUUCGUUGUGUAGAAUGCCCAGAUUUCGACCUCUGCUUGCAGUGUUUUUCCGCCGGAGCUGAGAUUGGUCCUCACAAAAAUGAUCACUCUUACCAAUUUAUGGAUUCUGGUACCAUUAGUAUAUUUAAUGGUAGAGGGAACUGGACAGCCAGGGAACAACUUAGACUUUUGGAUGCUAUUGAACAAUUUGGUUUCGGUAACUGGGAAGAUAUCAGCAAACACAUUGAAACACGUACACCAGAAGAAGCAAAAGAAGAAUAUAUUGCGAGGUACCUGGAUGGUAAUAUUGGCAAGCACACAUGGCCACCGACAGAAAGCUACAAACCAAAUCUCACAGAUCAAACAAAGUCGGAUCAUGGACCUCUGUCCCCUGAUCUCACAUCUCGGUUACCACCAUUGGACAUUACUCCAGAGGAGGCUGCACAAUUGGGUUAUAUGCCACAGAGAGAUGAUUUUGAAAGGGAUUACAAUCACGAAGCAGAGUCUCUUGUUUCUUCGUUAUUCUUAAAUCCAGCUGAAGAUGACGACUUGGAUAUCGCUUUGAAACUAGCCCAAGUUGACAUGUACACCAACAAUUUAAGAGAAAGAGCAAGACGAAAAAGAGUAGUGCGCGAUUAUCAGCUUGUAUCCGCUUUCUUUGCUUCAUCUAGGAAGGAUAAAACGCUGAGAAAGAAGCAAUCUAAGGAAGAAAAAGAAUUCAGAGACAGAAUGCGAGCGUUCGCUCAGUUCUACACGGCACAGGAGUACGAGCAAUUCUUGAACAAUCUUGAGAGAGAACGAGAGCUGCGUUUGCGUCUAUCUGAGUUGUGUCGUUAUCGGGACAGCGGAAUCACGAGACACGAAGAGUGUGCUCAUUUCGAGCAAGUGAUUGCGCAGACUCAAGGUCAAAACGAUGCCGCGGAUCACUGGAACGAAAAAAAAUCUGGCAGCAGUGGGCCGUCCACACCAAUACACCGCCACACCUCAAAAAAAAGAGAAGAAGAAAAAGGUUACUCUUCCAUCGACCGAAAGUACACUGCAAAAGACUUGCCCAGCAGCAGCUCCUCGCUCAGUCAAACCAAUCCCAAUCGGACGACGACUCCAGCCAAUCAGUGGGCGGAGCCGGAUAACUAUCUGAAUUCUUCCAGCCAGCAUUCUACCAGCUCCAGUUCUGCUACAGAGAAAAUCUACACUGCGACAACUUCCGGAAAAUCGUGUUCAGCAAUAGGUGAUUUAGAAGAGCGAGAUAUUGAAAUGGAAGCUGCCGCGCAUUUGUUAACGAAACAAGAAAAAUCUUUGUGUCUACAGCUUGAUCUGAAGCCAACGCAGUAUUUAACACAAAAAACGUUGUUGUUGCAAGAGUAUCUAAAUGGUAAUAGGAGAUCUGGCGUUGUUCCUCAAUCGGAACCAGAAAGUAAGAUUUUACAUUAUCUGGUUGCGAAUGGCUGGAUUGCGGCCAAUUAACCAUGUGUAAAAAAGAUUAAUGACCAUUUCAACUCUAAGUCACCCUCUAUUUUGCAAACUAAGUCCUAGAUAUAACUGAAAACCGAGUCUGAUUUAAUUAUUGUAUAUAGGGCAGAUAGAGAAAGAAUGUGUGUAUAUGUAUACGUAUACAUACGUAGAAACGAUUGGUUCAUUACUAUAAUUUAUUAAUGGAACUCUUGAAGAGACAAAAUUUCAGCGAUCGGAUAAAUUGCUACAACCAAAGGACUGGAUCUUCAGUUUUACAUCGUAUGUAUUAUUUCAAUGCUUGAAAUAAUAAAAUGAUGCAUUCAAGAUUCUAAAAUUAUAGUCCAUUCGGGCUGCAACAAUUUAUCCAGUUAUCGUUAUUCUUCCAUCGCUUUUGAAAAAUAAAAUUCAGGUAUCGAAUAUUCACCGUUAAAACGAUUCCAGGAACUUGUCGCGUUUGACUCAAAUGUGCAUCGUUGUGUUAGGUUUCGUUCUAUCAUUCAGCCGGACAGUAGACUUGUUUUAACACUGUAUAAGAAAAUCUCUUACACUGCCUUCAUAGAGCCAUUGAACGUAUUGCUCAAUUAAUUCUUCCACUGUAACGUUUUCUUGUACAUGCUACUAGUUGCACAUACUUCUUUCUAUCUGUUUUCAUUGUGAUUUGUUACCAUGCUUGACAAUAAGGACGAGCGCAGUGAUAUCGCUCCGGUCGACAUUGACUCCCGGUUAGGGUGACAAUUGAAUUCUGACUAAAAAAUAAUUUUUCUAGAUAUAUUUUCAAACAUUCGAAGGUGAGUGGAACUCCUCUCAUCGAACCUAGUAGAAGUAAUUGAUAAUUUAUAUGAGAAGAAUUUGACAAAAACCUUGAAGAACUGAGUCAAGAUAGACCCGGGACAUCGACGAGGUUUUAGUGAUUAAAAUUCAAACUACGAUAUUAAGUUUAAACCGAGCUGAAAAAGCGUUCGACUUACGGAAAUUGGCCUAACAGUAUCAAGAACGUGAUGAAGCUCUAAAAGGGAGUCCUCGAAUCCAACACCCUCGAUUUUAAAUCGGACAUACUUCUACAUAUUAUAACAUUUUUCUCUGUUUCUUUAAACACCGCAAAGGUUCCUUAUUGAUAAGGAAUGGUACAAAGAACAGAUCGGGGGGGGGGGGGAUACUUGUUAUCACCAUGAUGUAUAUGUAUAUAUAUGUUUAUAUAUAUAUACUAUUAGGUAAUUUAUUUGUUGCCUGUGUAAUAUUUGUACAUACAGAACGGAGAAAACUAGUACCUUUCUAGUGAUACUACUUCUAAAAGCACAAAUUAUGGUGGUAAUGUGAAGAGGAAAAAGUGUUGGAAGGCGAGAAGCAUAUAGUGUGAUAUACUGAUGGUGUUCUGAGCCAAACAGAUAACUGCAGAAAAAGACAUAACGAGCUCGGGACGCGUUGUCUUGAGAUAAAGCGAUUAUUUGUCCGUUGUUUGCGAUACGUUAGCGAUUAACUACUACAGCUUCUAAUUAAAAGUAAAAUUAGUAGGAAAAGAAAAAAAACGAAAGAAAUGUAGGAUCUACUAUAAAUUGUAGGACUUCUUGUCAGUAUUCGCUAAGCUAUUUGUCACUGUUUAAUUUUCGCAAUCUGUCUCUUAAGGAACCAAAACUCGCACACAUCGGCACGCAUCGAACAUUCCAGUUUUUAGCACACUCAUAUGGUAAUUGCAUUCAGAUGCCAAUCAUCGAAUAUUCUCGAAUCGCGCGCACAAGUUCAUAGUAGUAGAACAAACGAUUUCUCGCCGCGAACCCUACGAAUUCGCAAGGCUUUCAUCGCUCACUCGUUGCCUCUCAUUUUUCGCGAAUCGAUCGGUGUCACGACGAUAUUUCCUCGCAGACAGAACGAAAGAAAAGAUAUAAUUAUGCCGUUCGCGAAAAGAUUGUUGUACGCUUCUCUACGGCUUCUAUUGUACGGAAGCAUUUCUAGCGUUCAUUUAGCGUAAAUUGGUCGCCGACUUUUCUCUAUCCUCCAUUUCUCUCGUACGUUUAACAAACUUAACCAAAAGAAGAAGAAGAAGAAGAAAAAAAAAUCAAGAAAAAAAAUGAUUGACCGUUUGCUUUUAUUGUAAUUUCGUGUCUCUCUCAGAAUUCUCUUCGUUAUUACAGACGCUUCGAAACGCGAGGUCAAGCGACGAAUCGUCAUCGUUUAGCUUGCAUCGUCGUGUGGAUGUAAAAAAAAAAAAGAUUUAAAAAGCUAUUAUAUCUAUGUAAAUACUUAAACGAAAGGAGAAAGAAAACUGGGAGACUACGGUUUCGUAGUUGUGAAACCCUAAUGUAUAAAACAGACAAAAAAAUUCAGAAAUAUCUUCCGUUGAACAAAAAAAAAAAAUAUACUUAUUAUAGCGUACUUGCUUGAGAUACACACGGCUAAGUGAUGAGAUAUAUAGGGGAAAUAGCUGCUCAUAUUUUUUACGGAGAGUAGAAGACUAUUCCCUUUUAUUCGGUGUAAUGCUAUCUGCCUGCGAACAGAGCGAACCGUUUUGUCAACGACAGUGAAUGAUCUUUCGGCGGGUGUACGCUCACCCACGCCUUUUAAUACACGUUAUUUUGUUUUGUUUCCGCUGCCUCUAUUAACCGGUAGUCGAUCGAUGCGAGUUCGAUUUUAACAUUACAUAUUUUCAUCGUUUUACGAUGUUGGUUGCACCGUUUUCUGAUGCUAGUUUUGUCGUCUGCGUAUUGUGAUAAAGAAAAUGAACAAUUUUUAUCUUUUUUUUUUGUUUUCAUUUUAUUUUAUUUUAUUUUAUUUUGAAGAAACUCGCGCCGAUCGACUAACCCGUCGUUUAACUGUAAUAUUUAUACGAGGUGGUCCGUUACGAAUAGACUGUUUCAUCGAAUGUGUACAGGGUGUCUUGUAAUUCGCAACUAGUUGAUUAAAAGCUUUCAGUCAGAUCGAUGCCAAAAAAUUUUAUCGUCGCAUACGGUUACGUUAAGAUACAAAUUUGAAUGCGGUUUAGCAUUGUAUGUAAUCACCUGGCGAUAUUACAGAACACCCGUGCGUAAGCACGACGCCAUUCUGAACGGAUUCGUCGUCGCGCUUCUUCUUCGAAUUAUUUAAAUAAUUUAUUGAAUUCAGGAAACAAGAUUUAAAUUCGUAGCCGUGAGUAUACACGAAUGAACACUACGGUGUAAUAUUUUAUAGAUCCUCGUAAAUCAUUCGCAAUAAUAUUUUUUUUUUGUUCUGCUCGAAAGUUACGAGUUUCAGUUAGCGAAGAAAGAGAAAAUAAAUGCGCAGUCGUCUGAGAUCGAUUUGAUGUUAAACCGAAGAAUCUGUGUAAUACGCGCGACGCGUUGAUUACUCCUCGUUGCUCUCGGAACGAUACGAAACUGUUUCGAUGACAAGAAAAGGCUUUCAACGUUAUACACGCGAUUUAAACAGUCGUUGAUGUAUAAAAUAAACUGUACAAUAGGUAUUUUCCCUUAAAAAAACAGUGUCUGUAUUUAUUUCGUCGUUGUUCAUACCUCCAAACUUCUACGAAUUGGUAAAAGUGAUAAACUACCUUUGAGUAACUCAAUAAUUGAGAAUUAGGUCAAAUCGCGCGACAGAUAUCUUUCCUUAAGACCAGUACUUGCAUUUAUUUCAAUGUUGUUUAUACCUUCUGUUAAUUAACAAAAAUGACAAAAUGUCCCCGAAUAAGAAGUUAGUAGACAAAAGUAAAUCAAAAUAAAGGGAAACAAUGUGAAUGA